AUGCCCUGUUUCUUUACAGUAAUUGGCAAAGGCGGUGAACAAAUAACGAGUAUACAGAAUGAGUGUCAAUGCAAAGUACAAUUUGCUCCUGAUGCCGGCGGUCCGCAAAGACAGUGCAUGUUGUCUGGUCCUGCUGUCGGAGUAAUGAAAGCGAAGAAGAUAAUAGACGAUGUGAUACUAAAGAAUCAAUUGAUAUCAUUGGGCGGCGACGAGGUUGCCCUGGAGAUCAUGAUACCCGGAAACAAAGUUGGAUUGAUCAUUGGCAAGAAUGGAGAUACUAUUAAACAGCUGCAGGAGAGAAGCGGGGUAAAAGUAGCGGUCAUACAGGACUCGACCCAGCCGUCCGAUUAUGAGAAGCCACUACGCAUAUCAGGCAACAAACUCGGCUGUCAGAAGGCCAGGGAGAUGGUCAUGGAACUGUUGAAUGAACACGAUAAGCAGAAUGCUGGGAAUACCAGGCCAGGAGGCAUGGGUGGAGCCAUGGGAGGCGGUGCUGGCGGCUACCAUGGUGGUGCUGGUGGCUCCAAGCACAACAUUGAGAUUCCGGUUCCUCGUGGUCUUGUUGGAAUUGUCAUCGGGAAGGGUGGUGAAAUGAUCAAGAAAAUACAAGAAGAAUCUGGGGCCAAGGUUCAAUUCCGACCGGACGACAUAGAUGACAAUGGUCCAAACAGGAUAUGCCAUGUGUAUGGGCAUAAGCAGAGCAAUGACAUUGCUGUCAACCUCAUACACGAUCUCAUCAAAACUGGGAUGAAUCGUCAGAAUGGAGGUGGCAUGGGUGGUGGAGGGGGCGGCGUUCCCUUUGCAACCCCCUUUGGAAAUGCACCAUUCCCAAAUGGCAUGAUACAUCCGAUACCGACUGACAAGUGUGGAUUGGUCAUUGGAAAAGGUGGCGAGAACAUUAAAGAGAUCAAUCGCAUCUCCGGAGCUCACGCGGAACUGGUUCGUGAUCAGAACAACGCAAACGCCGACCCCAACACGAAGAGGUUCAGAAUACAGGGAACACCGGAGCAGGUACAGCACUGCAUUCAGCUGAUCAACGAGAAGGCAGGACUAGUAACAGGGCCUCCGAUGGUUGGUGGACCAGUGUUUGGUGGAUUGCAGGGUGGACCUCCUAUGAUGUCUCCCUAUGCCCCUCUGAAUAUGCAGGGUCCACCAGGUGCGUUAGUAGCUCCGUUCCCAGCUCAAGCACAAGUUCUCGUGCCCAACCAACCCAUGUACAACGCUCCAGUGCCACAGGCACAGUAUGUCAGUGCUGCACCAGCUCAGCCUGCCGGUGCGACCUAUGCCCAACAGCCCACACCACUAGCCCCUGCAGGGGCUGCCGGUGCUGUACCCUAUGGACAGCAGCAGCCUCAGCAACCACCUCAGCAACAACAGCAGCCUGCUGCUGUUUAUGUGGAUCCUACAAAGGGAGCUGAUCCAAAUGCAGCAGCUUGGGCAGCUUACUACGCUCAGUUGUACGGUGGUCAGCAACCGGCCAGCAUCCAGCCAGCUGCUGGUCAGCAAGCUACUGUACCGCAAGUGCAGGCCAUCCAAGCAGCCCCAGCUGUGCAGGGGGGGCAUACUCAAGUGGCAUACGCUACAACACAAGUUCUAGCUGCUGCAGCUCCUGUUCCUGCUGCUGCUCAGCCACAACCAAAUCAACCCCCAAACUGGACAGCCAGACUACAGCCUGGCUUGGGCAGAGUACUACAGAGCACAAGGUCUGCACCAUCAGGCAGCUGCUGUCAUGCAAGCUGCUGGUAUGCCACAAGGGCAGUAACCACCAUGUCUUUGAUUAGAUUUCUUCUUGCUUGCUAAUAAACUGGAAAAAUAAAUUCACAAAAACUGGAAAAAUAAAUUCACAAAUAAAAGCAGGCACAUUUCACAUUCCCUGAUCUCUAUCUAAUAUAAUUUGUCAUGUUAAGUAUAUAUUUAUUCUUGUUUGCAUAUAUAGUUAUUUUUAUCUCUAGGAAUUGAACUGACACUAGCUUCAUUUCUGAUUAAAGCCUCACUUUUGUGAGAGAUCUAUUUGCCUUCCUGGCUAACUAAAUACCUUUUUAUUGUAUUUUUAUCGUGAUGUGAUGCAAGUUUAAUAGAUCUAUAUUUUUAUUUGCAAGUGACAGUUUCUAGUUAGGAAAAUUUAUGAGAAAAAGUUGUUUUGGGAUAUUUAUUUAUUAAUUUGAUAUAAUCCUUAUUUAAUGGCUGUAAUUGAUUAACGUCUGCCACUGGUUUAUAUCAAUUAGGAUUAUUUACUAAGGCCUUUAUUUUAUUAUGUUACUGAUUUUGGCAGGAUGUAAUUGCUAUCAGUGAAUUAACAUCUUGUUUUAAGUUCCAAAAAAUCAUGAACUUGAAAUCAACCUUGAAAUAUCGUGCUAUAUAUGUGCUUAGGAAAGUUAUUGAUAUCUGUAUUAGUCAAUUUUAACGCUGUUUAAUUUUAAUAUAUCAGUAGUUUGCCGCCAGAUUUGAACGUUUUAAUAUAGAUUGACGGAUAUUUUUGUUCUAGUACAAUACACAUGCUUGCAUGUAUGUAUGUAAGUUGGAUUUAUUUACCGGUGCUACAAAUGUUCAGUUUUAAACAUCUUGAGUCUUUCAUAUGCUUCUCUUGUUCGUUGUUUUGGAUUUUGGACUUAACAUUUGUCCUGCAUAAUUUUUUAAAUUGAAUAUUUUUCCUUUCAAUAUUUGUUGGUCUGUAUUGGCCUUGCUUCUAAGUUUUAAAGAAAUUGUCCAUAUUGACUUUUACUCUUUGGUACUUUAUUUUUUGUCUUCUUUACAAGUGCCUUUGAACAUUUUUUUUCAUAUUGUUUUUUUUU